AUGGUUUCAGAAAAUAUACGUUAUGAAGCUCAACUUACACGAUAUAAACAACAAUUAGAUGAUGCAGAAUGUGUUGAAGACGAAUUGAAACAAGAACGAAGACGAUUACAACGAGAGCUUCGUAUUAUAAGUGAUAAAUUAGACAAUGAACGUACACGAAGUGAUGUUUUACAACGAGAGAAUGAACGUUUACGUGUAUUACGUAAAAAAGAUUUACUCAAUAAUAGCGAUGAUAAACUUGUUACAUCAAGAUCACAUUCACCAUUAUUACCAAAUAAUUCCAAUGAUAUACAAUCAAAUUCUUCUAUUGAAGAUUUUAUUUAA